UAAUUCAGCGAUCCGUGGGAUUGGGCAGAGGGAGUGGAGGUUGGGUUAGGAAAAAAACACGAUUGGUAGAGUUGAGAAUAAAACUUGUUGGCUCAGAUAUUUGUGCAGCCACGUCCUCUCUUGCUAACUUCCCCACUCAACGCGGAGCUGUCCAUUGGCACUGGUGCUGAAACGCGUCUAUUCUCAAUCCCUCACAGCGGUGCACGACGGAGUGUCGAGAGUAAAACAUUUGGAUGAUUGUAUUGACUUUUUCCAUAUAUUUUUUAGACACUUCGAUGGAUAUACAUUGAUUUACUCAGCUUUCAUCAAGAGCGCAUCAAAGGUCCACGUUCUGACCCGGUCAUUAACGGACUCUUAAGAGGCAGAAAGAUGGCUUUUAUGGUGAAACAAAUGGUGGGAGGGCAUGUGAAGAACCUGACCGGGGGUUUGACUGAGGAAAAGCCCGAAGGAGAGAAAUCGGAAGCCGCAGCGGCAGGAAUGACCCAGGAGGAAUUUGAACAAUAUCAACAACAGUUAGAGGAGGAAAAGCAGGAACGAGAUGCUAGUUUUGCCCAGAAGAAAGCUGAGCGGGCAACAGUUAGAAGUCACUUCCGGGACAAAUACAGACUGCCAAAGAAUGAGCUGGAUGACACUCAGAUCCAGCAGGCGGGGGAUGACGUGGAGCUGCCCACAGAGCUAGCCAAGAUGAUCGCUGACGACAACAAGGAGGAGGCAUCCAAAACGUCUGUCCUGGGCCAGCUGACCAACAUCCAGAAUGUGGACAUGGACCAGCUGAAGGACAAGGCCCAGGCCACACUGGAAGACCUCAAACAGUCCGCUGAGAAGUGCAAUCUCAUGUGAUCUGGCUGGCUGACUGAAUUCCUGCUCUCUCUCUCUCCCUCCCCUACUUUCUUUAUCUGUACAACAAAGGAUCUAUGUAAGAUAUCAUAUGAUCUAUGAUCAUGUACAAACGUUGAUAGUCAUGUUGCUUUGAAUACACACACAUACAGUCAACACUGCCUCACACACACAGACAUACUGCAGCAGCUUCUGGCCAAAGAAUCAGAGUAAACACUGUCUAAGCUGUGGGGGAAUCAGAGUAAACAAUGUCUAAGCUGUGGGGGAAUCAGAGUAAACACUGUCUAAGCUGUGGGGGAAUCAGAGUAAACACUGUCUAAACUGUGGGGGAAUCAGGUUAAACACUGUCUAAGCUGUGGGGGAAUCAGAGUUAACACUGUCUAAGCUGUGGGGGAAUCAGAGUAAACAAUGUCUAAGCUGUGGGGGAUUCAGAGUAAACAAUGUCUAAGCUGUGGGGGAAUCAGAGUAAACACUGUCUAAGCUGUGGGGGAAUCAGAGUAAACAAUGUCUAAGCUGUGGGGGAUUCAGAGUAAACAAUGUCUAAGCUGUGGGGGAAUCAGAGUAAACACUGUCUAAGCUGUGGGGGAAUCAGAGUAAACACUGUCUAAGCUGUGGGGGAAUCAGAGUAAACACUGUCUAAGCUGUGGGGGAAUCAGAGUAAACAAUGUCUAAGCUGUGGGGGAAUCAGAGUAAACACUGUCUAAGCUGUGGGGGAAUCAGAGUAAACAAUGUCUAAGCUGUGGGGGAUUCAGAGUAAACAAUGUCUAAGCUGUGGGGGAAUCAGAGUAAACACUGUCUAAGCUGUGGGGGAAUCAGAGUAAACAAUGUCUAAGCUGUGGGGGAAUCAGAGUAAACACUGUCUAAGCUGUGGGGGAAUCAGAGUAAACAAUGUCUAAGCUGUGGGGGAAUCAGAGUAAACACUGUCUAAGCUGUGGGGGAAUCAGGUUAAACACUGUCUAAGCUGUGGGGGAAUCAGAGUUAACACUGUCUAAGCUGUGGGGGAAUCAGAGUAAACAAUGUCUAAGCUGUGGGGGAUUCAGAGUAAACAAUGUCUAAACUGUGGGGGAAUCAGAGUUAACACUGUCUAAGCUGUGGGGGAAUCAGAGUAAACAAUGUCUAAGCUGUGGGGGAUUCAGAGUAAACAAUGUCUAAGCUGUGGGGGAAUCAGAGUAAACAAUGUCUAAGCUGUGGGGGAAUCAGAGUAAACACUGUCUAAGCUGUGGGGGAAUCAGAGUAAACACUGUCUAAGCUGUGGGGGAAUCAGAGUAAACAAUGUCUAAGCUGUGGGGGAAUCAGAGUAAACACUGUCUAAGCUGUGGGGGAAUCAGAGUAAACAAUGUCUAAGCUGUGGGGGAUUCAGAGUAAACAAUGUCUAAGCUGUGGGGGAAUCAGAGUAAACACUGUCUAAGCUGUGGGGGAAUCAGAGUAAACACUGUCUAAGCUGUGGGGGAAUCAGAGUAAACACUGUCUAAGCUGUGGGGGAAUCAGAGUAAACAAUGUCUAAGCUGUGGGGGAAUCAGAGUAAACACUGUCUAAGCUGUGGGGGAAUCAGAGUAAACACUGUCUAAGCUGUGGGGGAAUCAGAGUAAACACUGUCUAAGCUGUGGGGGAAUCAGAGUAAACAAUGUCUAAACUGUGGGGGAAUCAGAGUAAACACUGUCUAAACUGUGGGGGAAUCAGAGUAAACACUGUCUAAGCUGUGGGGGAAUCAGAGUAAACACUGUCUAAGCUGUGGGGGAACCAGAGUAAACAAUGUCUAAGCUGUGGGGGAAUCAGAGUUAACACUGUCUAAGCUGUGGGGGAAUUAGAGUAAACACUGUCUAAGCUGUGGGGGAAUUAGAGUAAUAGUCUUAUGCCAAAGACCCUUCGCAGAAAACCAUUCAGACAAUGGCACAAAGUAUAUCAACUAGUCAUAUUAAUUGUGAGACUAAAUCAAACUUUCUUGUCUUGGGACCACUUUCAGUACAUUACAAAUCAAGUGUCUGUUAUAUCUAUUGCAGGUGUAAAUGUAUUUGCAGUUAGCCUGUUCUGUCGUCCAUCUAGUCUAUGGUCAUUAACUCGUUGGGGCCUUGCUAAGAGACAGCUCGUCCUCUGUGAUGCCAACCCAUCUAACCUUUCAACUCUGGCCUUUAACCUGUCCUCAUAUUGACCCCUGACCUCUCCAUCUCAGUGCUGUUUUGUGCCGGUGGUUUGGUGUCGUUUAGCUGCUAUGAUAUGUCAAGUGCUGUCUUUGAAAAUGUCAUCCUAUGGCUGAGUGCUGGUCAUAGUGUUUAAUAAGUACACAAUACUAUGAACAUAUAUGAACAUAGUGUACUUGGUAUUUGUCUGAAUUGUUGUUGUAUCACUAAGUAAAGACGCAGGUGAGAGCGGGAGAGGGGUUUGUCAACCUUAUUUAGUAAUAUACAAUAUAUAUUUAUUUAAUACAGUGGUUCAUGUCUUGUAAUAGUUGAACAGUCCUUUUGUGACAUUACAGAAAUUGCAUUUGAAGAAAGGAUGGUGAACAUGCCUUAGUAGCUUGUUUUAUGUGAUAGCUACUUUGUGCUUUCUUGUCAGUUCCAUGAAGCAAAACAAACAAGUGUGAAUAUAAUUCAUUCUUACUCAAGUCUUACAGAGCCUGAUCACCUAUACAUAUAUCUCUGUAUUAAAGUGUGUGACCUGCAAUGAUACUUUAAAGCCAACAACAAGAGCUUCUUUCAUUUCCAGUCACCCUAUGGGGUGAUUCAGGUUGAUCUCAAGAUGAUAUUUCAGGAAGAGACAUGUUGUUCAUGAUGUUUCUGUUUCCUGUCCAUUCUUUGCUUCUUUUACAUCGUCUUUGUUGUUCAGUGUUGUAUGAACCUUAUUGAUUUUUGACUGACUAUUGAAACCAUAAUAAACAGAUUUUUAUGA